GUUAAAUAUCCACCCAAAUCACAUCUUUGAUUCAUUCAUCUAUAAAUAACAGCACAUCGUUCCCAAUUCUCUCACAUUUCAAUCCCAAAAUCUAUAUUCUUCUUGUAUCAAUUGAAUCAAAUCUUCUUCGUGUAUCAACAAUGGCAUAUAUAGAGUGUGAACAAUUCCACGUUGUGGCGGUCGACGACAGCAUCGUCGACCGGAAACUGAUUGAGAGGAUCCUAAAAGCAUGCUCCGGUGACAAUGUGAAAGUGACGGUGGUGGAUUCCGGGGCGAAGGCUCUGCGGGUUGUGAAUGAAGUGGGGGCGGAUCUGAUCAUCUCCGAUUACAGCAUGCCCGGAAUGACCGGCUACGAUCUGUUGAGGGAGAUCAAGGGCUGCUCUGCUUUGAAGCAUAUCCCCGUCGUCAUUGUGUCGUCGGAGGAUAUUCCUGCCCGGAUCAACACCUGCCUGUCGGAAGGCGCCGAGGAGUACUGUCUUAAGCCCGUCCGGCUGUCCGACGUCAGACCGCAUCUGCAGAACGCCUGUAAAGGAAGAGCGGCUACCGGAUUGUGUUCUACAUCUUGUGGGAUCUUUUGAAUUAACCCGUUUUGAGGAUUCUUGCCUGUGUUUGUUAGAUAUGAUUCAGAACAAUUUUGCUUUGUCCAUUUCGGAUUUGUAAAGAUAUGUGAAGUUCUAGAAAUUGUGAUGUACUUAUUGAUUUGUUAUCCUCCGUAGCCUUUGGAUGAUUGAAUUAGGGAAAAGGGGCAAAAACACCCCUAAACUUGCCACCAAGGGAGAUCUAUGCCCACAAACUUAAUUUUUGAGCAAAUGUCUUUAAAAACCCUGAAAAGAGGGCAAAAACCCCCUUGAACUACCGGAAGUAAGUUAACAAAACAUGC